GUCAUGGCGGCGCUCAUCACGCAGAGUCCGGCACAGCGCUAACAGAAAACAACUUGUAAUGUCUCUUCUCUGACACGACGGGGAUCAACAUCUAACGACGACAAACGAGGAAACAUCACUUUAGGAUGGCAGAUUCAGGCUCAGGUGACCCCAGUGGUCAACGUGUGCCAGCCCCCGCAGGGAGCAGUGCAGGGCUGCUGGCGGGCCGCCGGCCGUCAGCCGCCAUCUCUCCCGGCCGCCUCCCCACAAUGCGAUCUAGAGACCUCACCCUGGGAGGAGUGAAGAAGAAAACUUUUACACCGAACAUCAUCGGCCGGAAAGCCAAGGAGGAAAUGAAAGUUGACGGCGGGCAGAGGAGGGAGAGGAGGGAUGGAGAUCGAGGUCGAGGUCCUAGAGAGCGAGGCAGGGGCCGAGGUCGCCUGGAGUUCAUCCAGUCCCACUCUAUUUUUGAACAGGGGCCCGCGGAGAUGAUGAUGAAGAAGAGAAGUGGCUUUGAAAGUGAGAGGGAAGCUCCGAGCGUGGGACCUUCGCCCAUCAUCAAUAUUAAAAAGGAGAAGCGGGAGACGGAGGAAGAGACCAAAGAGAUUCUGCGCAGUCUGGAGAGAGAUAAUUUUAUAGACGAUCCCUUCCUGAAGAGCGAGCAGAGGAGCUGCCCCGUCCAGCUUCCUCUUGCAGUGUCAGGAUGGGGAUUCACGGAGGAAUUUAGCACAGCUACUGUUAAAAUUGAAAAGGAAGAGGAGGACGGUGAAUCCAUGGAGCCUCCCGUUGAAGUGAAACAGGAGCCAGAGGAAACUGAAAUAAAGAAGGUGGAGGGAAAUUUCAAGCCGCCUCCUCUCCCUGAGCCUGAAGUUCUGCCUGACCUGCUGCAUAGAUGGAGUCUGAGCAAAGGGGAGGAGCUGUUCUUCAUGCAGCUGCCUGACUCGCUGCCCGGCCAGCCCCCGACCACAGAGCACAAGCCGGUGAAAACGGAGGUGCAGUCAGCAGACGGACAGUCUGUGCUUCUGAAAACAGAGCCUCAGGAGGAGGAAGCUGAAGACAACAGCUGCAAUCUGAAAGACCUGCGGGAGGGUCUUAUAGGAAAGAUGCUGGUUAGGAAGUCUGGCCGGGUCCAGCUCAUACUGGGACAAGUGACACUUGAUGUGUCUCUAGGAACAUCGUGCUCUUUCCUUCAGGAGCUGGUCUCUAUUGGUUCUGAGGGAAGAACAGGUGACUUGUCUGUAUUAGGAAACGUCAAACACAAAAUGGUUUGCUCCCCAGACUUUGAGGCUCUACUGGAGAGCCACGCUUGAUGCUUGUGUCAGAGCAGUGGAGGCCUGAGCGUCCUCAAGUCUGACAGGUGGACUGUCCCCGGGACCUGACAUCCAAUUAAAAUAUGAUGGCCGUUGAUUGCGCAUUUGUGUUUUCAGAGUGGCUAUAAAAACAUCUUGAAAUAGACUAUAAAUAUGAAACACAACUGAGUUUUUUUUUGUGGGAUAGGCAUAUUAAUUUGGGGUCAAAGGUUGAAUGCUGUGCCAAAAUUCAGUACUGUUUGAAUUACUUGACAAGACUGUACAUGGAUGUAAAUGUGUGAAUAAAAAAGUUUUUUGUUA